GCAUGCCGCCUUCACCACCGAGCGGGACGCUGCCUUUGGGCAAAUAUCUAGCAUCCUCAGAAAAGAAAACGCGAGACAAGGCCGUGAAAAAUUUGGCUGCCUUUCUCUCCGACGACGAAAACAAUGAAAUACCAGAUCUCGAAAUGGCAAAGCUGUGGAAGGGGAUAUUCUACUGUUUCUGGAUGUCCGAUAAGCCUCUAGUACAGCAAGCACUUGCAAGUGAGCUUGCAGAACUUUUACUUACUAUAAAAAGGGACUCGUCGUCCCUCCAUUUCCUUCGGGGGUUCUGGACGACCAUGGUCAGGGAAUGGCAUGGUAUCGAUCGCUUGCGGAUGGACAAAUAUUACCUACUUAUCAGGAGAUUCCUCAAUGCCAGCUUCCGCCUUCUUAUGCGAUCUCACUGGGACAAUUCUUCUCUGAAGAAUUAUAAUGCUAUCCUCACCGAUUCAGGUGGACCACUCUGCCCGAAUGAUAUAAAAGUUCCAUCGAGUUUGUCAUACCACUUGGCAGAUAUUUACUUGGAGGAACUAGAUAAGGCCAUCGCUUCGUUCGAUUCGCCGUUGCCCGCGCCGUUACUUGCUCUAUUAUACCCUUUCUUUACUUUAGCUACUCAGACACCGACGUCCACAACAUACAAACACCUCGAAACCGCACUAUUCCGCCCACUUCUGACAGCCCUCAGGCCUCUACGGACACCAAAUCCCCCGAAAAGAGCCCGCUUACCGGGUAGCCAGUUUACCAACAUACUAUCGACGGCCUGUCAACACGAUCCUUCAACCGAGGGUGCGAUAGGUGCCGCAGCACUGAGGCAAGGGGUACUGCAAACGCUAUUUGAUGUUGCUAGCGCUGAGAGCACUAGAGACUCAAAUCGGCGCAAGAUGUACGCACUAUACAAGGAAGUAGCAGAGGACGAUGAUGCUUCCGAAGGUUAGAUGGAUAUAAUGUUAAGCCAAUACAUCUCCACAGUCACAAGUCCGGUAGCUCUCUCUGGGUUAACCUCCUCCACGUGGACUCCCUCCACCAGUCUUCCAUACUGUCAAUCCGAUCCCACAGCGUUUCUUCGUCGACACCAUAAAUUUCGUAUUUGCCUCCAUUUAGCGGCCGACCUUCGCGUUUAGCUACUUCUAUGGCAGCCUUAUUCUGGCCCCUAUGAACGUUGUAUGAGAGACGGUCUUAAUAAAUGGGAGAGAAUGCGUACUUCAGAAGU